AUGGCUGACGUCAACUCCAACGUAGCAUCGCCUGCGAAGCCUCGCAAGCGGAGAAUCCCGGACCUACAAACAAAGAUACGCCAGCAGGAAGAGGCAAUUACAAGCGUAGAGGCUCGGUCUGGCCAUGCCAUAUCCACAUCGUUCGCGUCACUGGAUCGCCACCCGUUUGGCACAUAUGAGGCGGUUGAACCCAUUGUUGCCGCAUCGCCAGAGUCUUCUCGAGCGGGAGCAUCACUCAAAUCUGGAAACAGGUCAAGUAUUGAACAAGUAUCGCCACUACGGGCCGAAAGAUCAACGGUUCCAUUUCGCAUCCAUCUGGUAGAAACACCGGAUGUUGUUGUUGCUGGUCUGACCACUCUUGAUCAAGCUUGCUCGUACUUCCUCACCUUCUUUCAAGGCUGUGACAGAUAUGUCCCGGUCUUUGACCCCCAGUAUGAUUCUAUGGAGAGUGUUCGGUCCAGAAGCAGCAUCUUGUUCAGUGCAAUAUGUACGGUUGGCUGCCGUGCGCUGACUGGGACUGAUUCCCAACAGUGGCGAUUGCUGAACUUUCAUCUCAGGAGAACAGUCAAUGCAGCCAUUUCAGUCCCUGCAAUGCUUUCCCUGGAGACCAUACAGGCACUAUUGGUCAGGGCAUGCUACACUUCAGAAAGAUCCCUUCUGGUUGCCGCAGCGACGCGAAUGGCAGUAGACCUUGGGUUGCCGAAUGCGUAUGACAGUCUCAUGUCCAGAGUGUUGUCAGCCUCCUGGGGUCCUGCUGGCGACGCAAGUGUCCAGGAUGAAUCAAUACUCAUGCGGAAAACGAGGACCUGGCUGCACAUUCUGAAUAUGAGUCACAUCCUUCACGUUGAUGCUGGAGACUUUCUAGCACUGGGUUUCAACGGCGAUGCUCGACGAAGUAGAGUGCUACUCAAAAAGCCUCUGAUACGAAAACAAGACAUGUGCCUCUGGCCACAAGUUGAACUGAAUGCUUUGAGAACGCAAAUGUAUUCCCGACUAUGCAAUCGCAUUUACACAGACGCAGAAAUCAUGGAUAUAGUGUCUGAUGCGAUGCUAGACAUCAACGUAUGGUACGACGAUUGGAACAGAAUCUUUGACCCCAAAGAUCCACACUCUCCGUGGUUGCUCCUCAACAUGCAAGUACAACGCUGCUGGGGGGUCACCAUGGCAUUGUGUAGGGCAAUUCGUACAACUGGUGUUGAAAAUGUCGAUGUAAUGUCCCCAACUCAGAAACAAAUGUUGGCCAUGGCGCAAGAGGCCUUGUGGCAGCACUUGGGUAUCAUUACGCAGGAGCCCCGUCUCUACCUCCAAAAUUUACGCUUUGCAAUGGAUUUUGUGUGGGCAAAGUGCGUGUUUUGCUAUCUACUCCUGUUGAAGCUGACCAUGCUACUGCCAAACGAAGCAAGCCGAUCCGGAAAUGACCUCAUUGAUCGCGGACAUAUUCUUCUCAGUGAAUUGGGCGAAGCAGGCGGCGGCCUAUUGAAUGGUCAUCGCAGCAACACUGGCAAGGUGUAUCUACAAUUGUUGGAGACUGGCAUCGACAAGUUUAGCUCCGCAAUCGGCAAUGGGAGGCGGAACCACACCAACUCUAUCCGCAACCCAGCCCCAAACAAUGGCUCAAUUCUGCAGAUCGAGGAGGGACAAGACUCGUUUGUCCCUGAGCAAUUUGUUUUCGAUUGGGAUUUCCCUGGCCUUACGCUAUUCUCGUCAUCCGUGACAGAUACGGGCUGGUUGGAUGAUAUUCUUUUGGAGGCACUGAAUGGGACUGACGAGUUCAUGGGCUUCGGUUGGUUAACGACGGACACCACAAACUGA